UUUGUACACUCGACAGCUGAUUCCCCGGGACUGUCCAUGCCUACACUCGUUUUCUCAGUAAAUGGGCUCGGGAAUGCAUUUAUAAGUACGUAAGGUGGUGUGUGGGAAGUGGAGGAGGUGAGGAGUGGCUGAUGAAACAUGGGGAGAGGCAAGAACCGUAGAGGCCGCAGUAAGCCAGGGCAGGGCAAGUGCUCUCCCAAGCCUGACACGGUACCGGGGGUAGGCAUUGGUCUCGAUUGGUAACAAGAACAGAAAUUCCUGAACCCAAUCACCUAUUAACCAUGGGGGACACUUCAGCACAAAAGCGUUUUCAAAGGAAGGGCAGCAAACAGGCAAAUGGAUCAAGCAUGAUAAGCUCAGUUCCAACUUUAGAAGAAAAGUUGGCUGAAAAACAAGAGAGAGAAAAGAUAGUAUUAUGGAGACGGCCAAUACAAACUCUUAAUUACUUUUCCCGGGAAUGUGGAAUUCUAUCUGCCGAAUAUAUGAUUAAACUGUGGAACAAUAAGAAGAGUGUGUUAUUAAUAGCUAUGCUUAUAGGAGGUUAUUAUGCAGCUUACAAGACACCUGGUCCUCACCACCCACUUUUGCAGAGUGUAGCCAAAGAGUGUUGGUGGUGUGCAUGGUGGCUAUGGCUAGGAAUAUUGUCAUCAGUGGGCCUAGGAACAGGCCUCCACACAUUUCUACUUUAUCUGGGACCUCAUAUAGCCUCAGUCACCUUGGCUGCUUAUUCCUGCAAUUCUGUUGAAUUUCCAUCUCCACCAUAUCCUGAUGACAUAAUGUGCCCAGAGGAAGAAGUGGCUGCGAAAGAAAUGUCAAUCUUCACUAUUAUGUCAAAAGUUCGACUGGAAGCGUUUAUGUGGGGUGCUGGUACUGCUUUAGGUGAGUUGCCUCCAUAUUUCAUGGCCCGGGGAGCACGGCUCUCAGGUUAUGAUCCUGAUGAUGAGGAAAUGGCAGAAUUUGAAGAGCUUCAACGGUUAAAAGAAAGACCUGAAGAUAUGUCUUUUAUUGACCGGGUGAAGCUUUCAGUGGAGAAGUUAGUCGAAAGAGUGGGAUUCUUUGGUAUCCUUGCAUGUGCAUCUAUUCCAAACCCUCUCUUUGACCUUGCUGGCAUCACAUGUGGUCACUUUCUUGUUCCUUUCUGGACAUUUUUUGGUGCCACUCUGAUUGGGAAAGCCAUCAUAAAGAUGCACAUUCAGAAAAUGUUUGUCAUUAUAGCAUUUAACGAAUCGUUGCUUGCCCGAGCUGUGGGAUUGUUAGCAUUUGUACCUGUAAUAGGAAGCAAGUUGGAACAGCCGUUUAAAUCCUUUCUCGAGAAACAAAAGAAGAAAUUUCAUAGAAAGCCUGGCACCAGUCCAGAAAGCCAGGAUGGAGUAAAUAUUAUAGCCUGGAUUUUUGAAAAAUUUAUUCUUCUGAUGGUGGCAUAUUUCAUCAUUAGUAUUAUAAACUCCUUUGCUCAGAGUUACCACAAGAGAAAACAUAAAAUGGAAAGGGAGAAUAAAUUAGCGAAGGACUGAAAGGACUGUAGCAUGUAGUUCGGAUGAUGCGACUCCAAGUGAUUUAUAAAAAAUGUAUAGCUUGGUGGAGAACGCUGGGUAAAUAUGUAAUGAUCAGGGGGUGAAAAAUUUAAGUUCAAAUAAUUAUUUAGUAAACCAGUACAUUUUGCUUCGAGUAUAAAUGUUUUUACGUUUAGAUAUAUUGUAGGAAUAGCAAGCUGAAUAUUAGUUUACAAGACUACAGUAGAUCCCCCACUUAAUAUAUUAAUGCCUUCCAGAAAGCUGUAAAUCAGUUGGAGAGAGCCUGGAACCUAUUUUCCCACAGACUCCUAUGUUAUAAUUACAAAUGUGUUUCCGAGUCAUAAUAUUCCAUAUCUAGUUUUACUUGAUUUCCUUGCUAAGAAUAAUUGCCCAGUAAUUUGCUUUCUGUAUUGUUCCUUUUUCCUUAGAAAUAAUGAAAACAUUGUUUAAAUAGUGUAUGCACUAUAACACAAAACAUCUGAGAAAAAAUUAUCCACAAUUCAGUCUUUGGCUGGCUGGUGUCCAUUUCUUUUGACUUAGUGUAUGACACUUAAAUUGAAAACCAGCCAUAGGAUUUCAUUCAUAGUACAGUUAGCUCAUUGGAUUUCCUAUGUCCAAAUUUAUUUUUUUCUGAUAAUUCUUUAUUAGAAAUAUCAGUUUAGGUCAAUUUUAGAAUAAGAUUUAAGUUGAUAAUGUUAAGAACAGGAAAUGCAAGACGGUGAAUGUAAACCAUGUUGCAACAAUGGUUGAACACCUGCAGCACCGAUUUCCACUGUUGCCUCUCUGGUCCUUCAUGAUCAUGAGUGUAAGUCUGUGUUUAUAAGUCAGUAAUUGGUUCCAAACUGCCACUGCCCUGAAAGCAGAACAUUUUGAGUCAGAAAUUUUAAAUUGGGGAUCUACUGUACAGGGUCAAAGUCAUUAGCAGAUAAGUGCAAAUGCUGUCAGGGAUUGAAUCUUGGACCUGCAUGUAGAAGUCGGGUACCAUAUGCUCCACCCUACUGAUGCAUCAGUUGUAGUACUGUACAUACUUGUCUUUUGCUCAGAUGUCUACAGUUUGAACCUCAGCAGGUCUAAGGGUUAUAUGCAUUAGUCUAUAAUUUUAAAGAAAUUGUAAAAUUUGUUGUACGAAUUUAAAUAGUAUAUCAGGAAAGUAGUUACACAAUGACCUAAUGUCUUUAUUAAUGAUGUCUUGUUUGUUGAUAAUGCUUUGAUUUGUAAUAAAAAAGGACAACCUCCACACAAUUUCCAGAGUUUUCCACCAAAUGCUUGUUAUUGACAUUCUUUUGUGUAACAUGAGAAAUGAUUGUGAGUACUGUGUGAAGUUGGAUAAUGUACUAUAAGUGUAACUAAUGUGUUAGGCCUAACUAAGUUAAGUGAAAUAUUAGAAGACAUUUUAACCCGUAAACGAUCCAAACGUAUAUAUACGUUUUUUCAACAUUUGAAAGUAUGUAAGAAAAGUAGAUCUUCUUUUUUUUUUUUUUGUACAUUUGAAAAUGUGUAAAAAACUUUGAUCUACUUUUUUUUGUUAUAUUUAAAAAUAUGUAAAAAAAAACGUAGAUCUACUUUUGGAGCACUACACAUGUGAACGUAGAUCUGCUUGGACCGUUUACGGGUUAAAUUGAGGAUGAAGCCUCAUAUCUUAUGGGAAGCCUCUGUUUAAAGAGUUGGUUCCUGUACUUUAAUGUUUGAUAUUUGUUUUAGGAUUGUUUUUAAAAUGUGAUGGGUGUAAAGUGUAUAUUAUAGUGCAUAUGGGUUCAGAAAUAGUCAAAAUUUCGUAUAUGUGAUAGUAAACACAUUUGGAAGAAAACGGCAAAGUUAUCCAUAGCCUUUUUAGUGAAACUAAUCUUGAAAAUAAAUAUUUUCAUGACCUCUUGAUUGAUCUCAUAACACAGGAUGAACAGAAUCUGUAUAUGAAAACGAAAUCGGCCAUAGGAUCAAAUGCUACACAGGUGUGCUUUAUUUUUAAAAAGCACAUGACUAGUUAAGAGACUAUAUAUCUUGUCUUGUAAAUAGCCAUGUAAAGUAUAACAGUGAGACUUGUGAAUAUUUAUACAUUUUUUAUAUGCCAAAGAGAGCGGAAGUUUCAGCGUGUCACCAAGCAUGUGUAGUCACACACACGCGUACGCACGCACGCACACGCACAUGCACGCACACGCACACACGAGCGCGCGCACACGCACACACACACGCACACACAUGCACACACAUGCGCGCACACACACACACACAUGUACACACAAGCACACAUGCACACACACACAUGCACACACACACACACACAUGCACACACACACGCACACACACACACAUGCACACACACACAUGCACACACACA